AUGAUACGUAGGUUAGCAAAAUUACACGAUGACAAUCUUUAUAAUUGGGAUGAGUAUUUACCAGCGCGCAUAUUUGCAUAUAAUACUGGACUACAUAGUACAACGGGCUAUUCACCAUUUCAAUUGAUGUUUGCAUGUGAACCUAUUUUGCCUUUUGAUUUACCAACAUCUACUAUUACACUAACGAAGCCAAAUGAUUGUUGGACACAAAUCAAUCAGCUAACGAAGACUUACAAGAAAAACGUCAAAAAUAACAUUAUUCAUCAACAACAAUUGUGUAAGCAACACUACGAUCAACAAAGAGCGGAUCCGACUUAUAAACCCGGUGAUCUGGUGUUCAUUAAACAACUUGGUAAACGCCCAAAAUUUGGUGAAUUGUAUUCAGGACCAUUUAAAGUUUUACAACAGCAACAUCCUCUUACAUAUUCGAUGGAAGAUGAUCAAGCAAUAAUUCAGCAACAGGUUCAUGUCAGCAGAAUGGAACCUGUCUACGAGAGAAUAAUUUAA